CCUAUAUUUUGUAGUGUGUCGUUUGGGCUUAUAGCUGGAACAUUCGCAAGGAAGCAAGAAAGAGAGAGACAAACAAACACCUUUCAAAAUCUGAAAAAAUAGCAAAGCAAGCAGCCGCAGAACUCAACACUCUCUUGCGCCUACCUCACUCACAUCACAUUCACAGUGAGUUUGCGGAUCUUGUGUGUUCUUCCCAUUUCUUAACCUCAAACAUCAGCAAUGCCGGCCCCUGACAUCUUGGGUGACCGCCAAUCUGGCCAAGAUGUCCGCACUCAAAAUGUGGUUGCAUGUCAAGCAGUUGCUAACAUCGUUAAAUCGUCUCUUGGUCCAGUUGGUCUUGACAAGAUGUUGGUCGAUGAUAUUGGAGAUGUCACAAUUACAAAUGAUGGUGCUACCAUUCUUAAGAUGUUGGAAGUUGAGCAUGCUGCUGCUAAGGUACUUGUUGAGUUGGCUGAACUCCAAGACAAAGAAGUUGGAGAUGGAACAACUUCUGUGGUUAUUUUUGCUGCCGAGUUGCUUAAGAGGGCAAAUGAUUUGGUGAGGAAUAAGAUUCAUCCAACAUCUAUAAUAAGUGGAUUUAGGCUUGCUAUGAGGGAAGCAUGCAAAUAUGUUGAUGAGAAACUUGCAGUGAAGGUUGAGAAGCUUGGCAAAGACUCACUGGUGAAUUGUGCAAAGACAUGCAUGUCAUCAAAGUUAUUAGCUGCAGACAGUGACUUCUUUGCUAACCUGGUAGUAGAUGCAGUGCUGUCAGUAAAGAUGACAAAUGCGCGUGGUGAAGUAAAGUAUCCUAUCAAGAGCAUCAACAUUCUUAAAGCUCAUGGAAAAGGUUCAAAGGAAAGCUAUGUGUUGAGAGGUUAUGCGCUUAACACAGGUCGUGCUGCUCAAGGAAUGCCCACUCGUGUUGCUCCAGCAAAGAUCGCCUGUCUUGACUUUAAUCUCCAGAAAACAAAAAUGCAAUUAGGUGUCCAAGUUUUAGUCAAUGAUCCAAGAGAACUCGAGAAAAUCCGUCAAAGGGAAGCUGAUAUGACUAAAGAGCGUAUUGAAAAGCUGCUAAAAGCUGGAGCCAAUGUUAUUCUAACGACUAAAGGCAUUGAUGAUAUGUCACUCAAGUACUUUGUUGAGGCUGGUGCAAUUGCUGUAAGGCGUGUACGAAAGGAGGAUAUGCGCCAUGUAGCCAAAGCCACUGGUGCAACACUGGUUUCCACUUUUGCUGAUAUGGAAGGCGAGGAAACUUUUGAUACAUCACUUCUUGGAUUAGCAGAAGAAGUUGUAGAGGAGCGUGUUGCGGAUGACGAUGUCGUCAUGAUCAAGGGAACUAAGAACACUAGUGCGGUAUCUAUGGUUCUUAGGGGGGCAAAUGAUUACAUGCUUGAUGAGAUGGAAAGAGCUCUGCAUGAUGCUUUGUGCAUUGUUAAGAGAACCCUUGAGUCUAAUACGGUAGUAGCAGGUGGGGGUGCAGUUGAGGCUGCAUUAUCUGUGUACUUGGAAUACCUAGCUACAACGUUAGGAUCAAGGGAGCAAUUGGCUAUUGCAGAAUUUGCUGAAGCCUUGCUAAUUAUUCCCAAGGUGCUUGCUGUUAAUGCCGCAAAGGAUGCAACUGAGCUUGUUGCAAAGCUGAGGGCUUACCAUCAUGCGGCACAGACCAAGGCUGACAAGCAGCAUUUGUCAAGCAUGGGGUUGGAUUUGUACAAGGGCAUUGUUCGUAACAACCUGGAAGCUGGAGUUAUUGAGCCAGCAAUGAGCAAAGUCAAGAUCAUUCAGUUUGCAACAGAGGCAGCUAUUACCAUUCUUAGAAUAGAUGACAUGAUCAAGCUUGUCAAGGAUGAUAGCCAGAAUGAUGAAUAGGGAAGGUUGCUUGGGGAAUUCUAGUAAAGUGCGACGCAUGGGCUGUAGCAGUUUUGGGCAUAACUUGUACUUUUUUUUUUUUAUCUUUUUUAUUUUUUCCUGGAUUGGCUUCUUUGACCGUGAUAGAUUGGCAGGCUGGUUUACCUGCUUAGAUUUUGUGCAUGCUGAGAUAGAAAGUUUGAUCUUGUCCUGGUGUUGCCUCUGUUAGUUCCUCCUCGAAAGUUUAACUGUCAAUGUCUUGGCUCAAUCAGGGUGUUCAAUCUUUCGACUAAAUAGGUCAUGCUGGUAAUGACUUGAAUCUUUCGAGUGUGCGACUCAAGAUCAGGAACUAGAACCAGCGGCUACUUAUUCUGUAAAAUUGGGGCCAGAACUAGAUUAGUGGUAACCCUUGUUCCUGAAAAUGGAAGUGGAAACACCUGGUACCGCUUCUAGUAACCCCGGCUUGAUGACGGAAAUGAGAAUGCCUUGUACCACUUAUGGUUCUGGGUAUAUAUCAAGGCCCUAUCUAUUUCGUUUA